AUGGCGCUCUUGCAUUACACGUGGAAGCAACUGGAGCUGUACUUGAAAUGGGCCUUGGGCAAGAACACCACAGUGACGGAGAGUCCUGCGAGAGAGCCCUAUCCGGGCAUAUUCGUGGAGGACCUCAGCCAGUUGAAUCGUUUCAAGCGGAAUGCCUUUAUGUGCGUUGUGGGCGCCCUCUUUCUGAUGGCAUUCUUUGGAAAUCUGAGCACCAUCUAUGUGAACACCAGGAGGAAACUGCGCCCUUUCUUUCGGGCCUGCCUGCUCUCGCUGGCUUUCUCCGAUGUGGUCUCCAGUGUCUUCUGCACCGUGUCCUAUAUAGCGCAGUUCCAUGCGGAUUAUCUCCAGUUGUGGACCAUUGGCAGCUUUAUGUGCAGGUUUGUGCCCUUUGUGACCACUACAUCGGUGCUCUCCGGCAGCUUGACCCUCGUGGCCAUUGCGUCGGACCGCUACCUGGCCGUGAUGCGGCCAGUGCUGGGCUUCUGGAACCCUGACAUCCGCUACAGCUGUCUCUGCGUGGGCCUCAUAUGGGUGUGCUCCAUAGGCGCCUCUGCACCACUGUUUGGCAUCUACGAGUACCACAGAAUCUAUCUCCUGGACCUGGAGACCCCGACACAGCAGACAACAGACGACGACGGGGAGACAGAUCAGAAGCUGGAGGUCACAGAAUUGGAGCUGGUCAGCAUGUGCCUGGCGGGCGUCAGCAACGAGGGCCUCUACUACGUCAUUUUGUUCACCCUCAUCUUCCUGCCCUGCAUCGUGAGCUUCAUCUGGCUGAACGCGGUGAUAGCGCGGCAGCUCUGGGUGCGGCGCCACUACCACCAACACCAGCAAGAGCAGCAGCAGCCGAAUCAGGAGGGACAAUUCAAGCCCCUGCCGGCGGCCAGUAAUGGGGAUGUUUUGAUGCCCUCUUCCCUGGCGAGUGCGAUGGGCGUGGCCCUGCCAUUUGUCAUCGACAAGCCUCCCCUGCCCUCGAUCCCUCCCAGCCCACAAGCUCCAAGGGCGAACAACAUGAAUCAGGAGCCACCGAGUGCCAUGGGACCAGCUGCUCAGGCUCGCGAGGCUCGCCACCGGCGCAUGGUUGUCGUGGUGAUUUUGAUGAUGGCCGUCUUCAUUUGCCUGCGCCUGCCCGCCUGGAUCUUUCUGAUCAUGCGCCUGUACGGCUCCUACUCGCAGCCCGUCGACUGGCUGCUCUACUUCAGUUUUGGUAUCCUGAAUCUCCUCAGCUGCGCCUUGAACCCGCUCUUCUACACCUUCCUCACCCAGACCAUUCGCACUGUAUCCCUGCUGAAGCAGAAGACCAUGGACCUAAUCUGCUGCCGCCGCCCCGGUCGGGGCCAGGACGGACCAAUGCCCACGGAAUCCCCAGAGCCGACAAAGCGAUGCGGCUUGUGCUUCUGCUUCUGCUGUGGCCUCCGGCAGCUGACUAUCACGUGGCGUUGUUAUCCCGCGCACGAUCCACCACCAACCACUGAAGUACGGGGCGGGGAGCAGCCCUCUGCCCAGCGAGUAGUCGAGAUGGAGGCCGAUCCGAGCAGCCUACAGCGAUUCUUCAGCUUUAAGCAUGACGUAUUCCCCGUCGCCCAUAGCCGCGACGAUUCCCAGAGUGCGUCAAUCGAGUCCUCAGCCUGAUACUGAUAGGCAGCGUCA